UGGAGGAUCCCAAGUACGUGUUUGAGCCAAAGACAAUUCAGAGAAUGGAGAUUUUGGUUCUUUCUACCCUUCAAUGGAGGAUGAACCCUGUUACUCCACUCUCAUUUCUUGAGUACAUUGCGAGAAGCCUUAAAUUCAAAGACCAUUUUCGCAAGGAGUUUCUGAGGAGAUGUGAGUGCCUUCUUGUUUCUGUGAUUUCUG